GAUUUGAUAGUCAGUCUGCAGUGACACCACGUGUUGGGAUCAUAAUGGGCUCGGAUUCAGAUCUCCCUGUGAUGAAGGAAGCUGCCUUUACUUUGAGUAUGUUUGACGUGCCUCAUGAGGUGCGAAUAGUUUCAGCACACCGGACUCCUGAGUUGAUGUUUUAUUAUGCCUCAUCUGCUCGGGAUCGAGGUAUUCAGGUCAUCAUUGCUGGUGCCGGUGGUGCAGCCCAUCUACCAGGUAUGGUAGCUGCGCUUACUCCUUUGCCAGUAAUUGGUGUUCCUGUACGUGCUUCUACAUUGGACGGAAUCGAUUCACUCCUAUCAAUUGUGCAGAUGCCAAGGGGCGUCCCAGGUGCAACAGUUGCUGUAAACAAUGCCACAAACGCAGGUUUGCUGGCUGUAAGGAUGUUGGGUGUCGGUGACAGCCAUCUAGUAGCAAGAAUGAGUCAAUACCAAGAAGACACGAGGAGCGAUGUCUUGUUAAAGGCAGAUAAGCUAGAAAAAGAUGGCUGGGAAUCUUAUUUAAAUCCUUGAGAACCAUAUAAUUUCUUUUGGUGAUAUGUAUUCAUUUUUGUCAUUCAACAAAUUAUAUUAUGGCCAACCU